AACAGUGACUUAAACGCUAACAUACCUUUAUAUAGUCCAAAGUAUGGCGGUGGCGGUGGCUGUAGAUGAACCUGGUCUAUGUCCGGAGGGUCCCCACUGGGACAACCGCACGGGAACGCUGCUGUAUGUAGACAUUGACGGACAAAAGGUCCAUCGCUGGAACCCAGUCACAAGACAGAAGGACACCGUUGCGAUGGACUGUAUGGUAGGAGCAGUCGUUCCGAGGGAAGCCGGAGGCGUAGUGGUGGCCGCUGGGACCAAGUUUACCUUUCUGGAUUUCGAGACCAGACAACUGACCGAUGUUGCAACGGUGGACCAGCACAAACCCACCAACCGGUUCAACGAUGGGAAGUGCGAUGCUGCCGGCAGGUUUUGGGCUGGCACGAUGGGUCACGAACCUGUCCCUACUCAAGUCGAACGCAAAGUUGGGUCAUUGUACUGCCUUCACACCGAUCGCACUGUUACAAAGGCAUUUAAUGAAACUGACAUCUCUAAUGGACUGGCAUGGACAUCUGACAACUCCAUCAUGUACUACAUCGACUCACUCCAGUACAGCGUGGAUGCCUUCGACUUUGACCUGGCUAACGGAACUCUAACAAACCGCCGUAAAGUGGUGAGUUUUGAGGAGAGCAGAGACGGCGUGCCGGAUGGAAUGUGUAUCGACACCGAUGGGAAACUGUGGGUAGCCAUGUUUGGCACAGGGCAGGUAUUACAGGUGGACCCAGAGACAGGCACACACCUCCGUACCGUUAAGGUCCCUGCUGACCAGACGACGUCGUGCUGUUUCGGCGGUCCAAACCUGGACAUCCUGUACGUAACAACCGCGAGUGUCGGUCUGUCUGCUGAGGAGGUCCAACAGAAGCCUCUGUCUGGAUGUGUGUUCCAGGUGACCGGACUGGGAGCCAGGGGCACCCCCGGACUGUGCUAUAAUGGUUGAACCCAUUGCGGGAGACGCCUUCAAUACAGGAUAGGAAAAUUAUCACAAUUCUUGCUUUUCACUAAUCUUCAACAGACUAAUUUGCUUGAUCAAGCAUUUGACCAAAUGAGUUGAUUAAUUUGCCAGAAAGGCUAACAAGGAGUAGAGUCACAUAGUUCAUAGUGUUGUCCAUGGUUGAGACGACAUGGCAAAGUUGUUCAAAGAGCCAAUUGUUCACUCAAGUUAUUACAAUGCAAUAUGCUUUAUUAAAAGCAUCAUAGUUGUUUAUUACCUUCAUUACUAUUGUCCACCAAAAUCAUCACAAUUGCAAUUGUUCACUAGGAUUAUCACAAUUGUUAGUUAACUAGGCUUAUUUCGUUUGGUAACUAGAAUUAUCCUAAGGCCUGGGCUAUUGAGUUGAUGUGUUUGAAUGAAGUUUGAAAAUGUGUUUUGUCUUUUGUGGUGACUGGGUGCCUCUCCCGGCAAGUUUCAUAACUUGCUAGAAAUAUAACUAAACGAUAUGUUUUCAAACGAAACAUUUCGACAUGAUGGCAGCUUACUCCAUGUAUUAGGGCAAGGAGGUUAUGGAGUUCCCUAUAACCUCGUUGAUUGGUGUAAGAUCUAACUCAUUUCAUGCUUGCUCAUCUUAACCUCGUACUUCGACCAUUAUAUAUUGUUUCCCAAGCUCAUGGGAGAAUAAAUGCAGAUUACCUCU